AUGUCUGAAACUUUGCCUCUACUACCUCCUUCAAAGGCAAAUGUCGUCACCAGCAGCACCAAACGCAAAGCAAAAGUGACCAAGAGGAAACUUGGCACUUUUGAGGGUGUCUUCUUACCCACAACGCUCAACGUGCUUUCCAUCUUGAUGUUUUUGAGAUUUGGAUUUAUCGUUGGCCAGAUGGGUAUUAUGGGUGCUCUUUUGCUUUUGGUCAUGUCUUACACGAUCGACACAUUAACCGUUCUCUCUGUUUCAGCUAUCUCCACAAAUGGAACUGUCAAGGGAGGGGGUGCCUACUAUAUGAUCUCGCGAUCGCUUGGGCCAGAAUUCGGAGGAGCGAUAGGAAUCAUUUUUUUCAUAGGUCAGAUAUUGAAUGCUUCUUUGAAUGUGGUUGGUUUCAUAGAACCACUUCUAGUCAAUUUUGGCAAACCAGAAGGAGACGUUAUGGCCAUCCUUCCGGAUUCGUACAUGUGGCAACUUGUUUACUCAACUGUGCUACUUGCGAUAUGUACAGCAGUCGCUAUGGUGGGGUCUUCCCUCGUAUCUAAGACUGCGUUUUGGCUUUUUGUUGUAUUAACUCUAAGUACUUUAUCAAUUCCGCUUUCUGCAAUCUUUGUGCGGCCUCAUCAUCCACUCCCUCCACCUUAUGAUUAUUUGGAGUAUACUGGAAUAGCAUGGUCUACGAUCAAAGAAAAUUUAUGGCCCCAUUUCACUAGUGGUGCCGCAGGCUCCGUUCAACCUCCCGGAGUUCCUGAAACUUUCAAAAAACUUAUUUGGAAUUUUCUUCCCAGCAACAGCAGGAAUUUUUGCAGGUGCGUCUAUGUCAGGUGA